AGGUGCCCUAUUGGGAGGAGAUGCCUAACCCCCUCCCCUCCACCCUCACACACCCUCUCGUGCACAUCACCUCCACGCACCCCCCCAGUCCGCUGGUGCUGCUCGGGGCGGGCAGGGCUGCAGCAGUUUUAUGAACGGCUGCAUCAUGAUCCCUGUGCCUCCGAACCAGCGCCGAGCUUCUUCAUUGACAAACACUCCGGCUGCUGCUGCAUCUCAUUUCUGUCACGGACGGCGUCGAGGAGCGGAGCGUGCAGGCUGGGGGGGCGAGGGGGUGCAGAGCAGCAGCAGCAGCAGCAGCAGCAGAGGAAGCAGCAGCAGCUGCAGUCAUCAUCAUCAUCAUCAUCUUCUUCUUCAGGAGCACCAACAACAACCCGUGAGCUGUUGAUUCGACUCCCGGACCCGGACUGGAUCACCGCGCACCCCCCCGCGUCUCCGCUGCGUCCACGCUCUCUCGGGACACCCAGGAGCAUCACCUGCGGAUUUAGAGACCUUUUCCCUCCCGGCGGACCCCCUGGAGGUGGGGGUGGGGGUGUGGGGGUUGUGAGGCGGCGUCGUUAACGCGCAAUUACCGGAUUUGUUUAAGGACUUCCAUUAAGCGCCCGGAUGGAGGAUUCUGGACGUUUUUCAGAGGCACGGAUGUCUGCGAGGCUGCAGCGGCCGGUGUGUGAUGUGAACUGAGCCGUGGGUGGCCUAGACCCCCCCUCCCCUUCCUCCUCCUCCUCCUCCUCCUCCCCGUCCUCCCCGUUCUCCUCCUCCCCCUCGCACCCCACACACCCCUACCGCGUUGUCCGCGUACGCCCUCUCCACCCGGGACGCACGGCCUCGUCUCGCUCCACCGGAGGGACAUGUCCCGGGCCGCGGCCAUCGCCAGUUCCCUCAUCCGCCAAAAGCGGCAGGCGAGGGAGCGGGAGAAGGCGAAUGCCUGCAGGGGCAGCGGCAGCCCGAGCAACAGCAAAGGCACCAACGAGAAGCCGAGCAAGCUCAACGUGUUCUCGCGUGUCAAAUUGUUUGGAUCGAGGAAGAAACGGAAGAGAAGGCGACCACCAGAGCCCCAGUUAAAGGGCAUAGUGACCAGACUCUCCAGUCGCCAGGGCUUCCAGCUGCAGAUGCAGCCUGACGGCACCAUCGACGGGACCAAGGACGAGGACAGCGCCUUCGCUGUGUUCAACCUGAUCCCCGUGGGGCUCCGUGUGGUGGCGAUCCAGGGCGUCCAGACCAAACUCUACCUGGCCAUGAACAACGAAGGCUUCCUCUACACCUCUGAACAUUUUACCUCGGAGUGUAAGUUCAAGGAGUCGGUGUUUGAGAACUACUACGUGACCUACUCGUCCAUGCUGUACCGGCAGCAGGCGUCGGGCCGGGCCUGGUACCUGGGCCUCAACAAGGAGGGCGCCAUCAUGAAGGGGAACCACGUGAAGAAGAACAAGGCCGCCGCACACUUCAUCCCCAAACCACUGAAAGUGGCCAUGUACCGGGAGCCCUCCCUCCACGACCUGACAGAACUGUCCCGUUCAGGCAGCGGGACCCCGACCAAGAGUCGCAGCGCUUCGGCUCUUCUGAACGGAGGGGGGAAGACACCCAGCAACAAUGACUUAUCCUAGCCCCACCACCCCUCACGCCCCCCCGAAUACAAACACACACACACACACACACACACACACACACAUACAUGCACACACAUGCACACACACACAGAUAUCUCAGGCCCCACACAUCAGGCUGGUGAGGGGGGGGGCAAUGGAGGAGGACAGGAUUGUGUUCUUCCACUUCUUAACGGAGCCCACUGUGACUGACUGUGAUGUAAAUAAAUCAAGGACAAUCAAAUCCAUCCGGCUCUGCAGAAGAGAGGGGACCCCCCCCCACCCCCCCAUCACCCUCACCCUCCCAUCGACACCCACCCGUCCACCCACCCACCCCUCGACAACUCUUCCUGCUGCAUCGUGACCGGACGGAGAGAACGGACAAGGGAGAGGACACAACAAGCCCAGACGGAUGGAGGAAGUCAGUCAGUCAGUCAGUCACACAGUCAAAUAAGCCGACUGUUACAGAGAACCAAAGAGUCAGAGCAGUAGCUCGCUAGCUUCGAUGCUACGAGAGGAGUAGCGGCCAGAGAGUUCCGGAGAGUCUUAAAUUAUUCUACCGUACGCUAUGUUUACACAGAGCUCAUGGGGUCAAGUCAUAUUUUUAAAAAUGACGAAACGUAUUCCUUGUACACUUAUGAGGACUCGACAUUAGUCUGCAUGCAGGUGUGUGUGUGUGUGAGCGAGACAGAGGUAGGUGUGAGUACACACUGGUCCUGCAGUAGGUGUACGAUAUGUGUGUGUGUGCACGCAUGUGUCUGGUGGGCGGGGUGUGGGGGGGUGGGUGGGGGGGGUGGAUUUUACCUUUUUAAGAUCUGUUGUACAUCAGACCAACCUCCCGAGGGCUUUAGCAGGUUAAUAUAAGGUUUACUGUAUAUGCUUCCAUGCUUACUUCUUACAAGCAACGCUGCUGUUUAUCUUUGCGUUUGUUGUUGUCGUCCCUCGCUGUUUGUUUGUUUGUUUGUUUGUUUGUUUGUUGUUGCAUGGAAGCUUGUGGACCUCUGCUCAGUAGCAGCAUGCCGAAGGUCCUUUCUUUUCCACCCCCGGGUCUUGCGUGUUCCUGACCAGGAGAGAACACUAGUGAGCCAAUAGUGUCGUACCAGAACACUAGUGAACCAACGCGAGGGUGUUAAAACACUACUGGACCAAUAAUAUCGCACCAGAACAUGAGCGGACCAAUGGUGUUGGACCAGAUCUUUGGUGAACCAAUGGGAGCACAGAUUAACUUAAUAUUUUGGUUCCUUGCUUUGGACAAACUAGAAAUGCACUAAAUAAAUUCUUUCUAGAGAA